UGUCGUCACUGGUUGACACGUGUGAUCUCUCCAACCUACCCUCCCUCCCUCCCUUCCCUUUCUCUCAGAUUGCCGCUCUGUUCUGUGAUCAUUAUACCCAUCCAUCACAGACCAACACCAAUCUCUCUCUCUCUCUCUCUCUAACAAACAUUAUUCUCUCUCUAACGCACACAAGCAACACAUAAUUCUCUCUAACGCACACACACAAACACAAACACACGCAAACAUAUUCUUUUCUUUCCCUUCUCUCUGUGUUUGUUUGUGUGUGUGGGGGGGGUUGAAUGUUAGGAUUCUGUGAAUGACUUGGCGAGUCUCGUACAGGGUUUGAUUCACUGAUUCUUUGAUAAUUUUUGUGGUGCCAACUGAACUGAACUGACCAGACCGACCGACCAUAAUGAGUGCCGUUGGUGCUGGUGUUGGUAAUCAAUUGGUCUCUAUUUCUCCUGAUGAGCUCAAGUUUACAUUUGAGCUGGAAAAGCAAAGCUACUGUGAUCUUAAAGUUGUGAACAACACAGAAAAUCAUGUUGCUUUUAAGGUUAAAACCACUUCACCUAAAAAGUACUUCGUGCGGCCCAAUACUGGAGUUGUAGAUCCUUGGGACUCAUGCAUCAUAAGAGUCACCCUCCAAGCCCAACGAGAAUAUCCUCCAGAUAUGCAAUGCAAAGAUAAAUUUCUUUUGCAGAGUACAAUAGUGCCUCCAAAUACUGAUGUUGAUGAUCUUCCACAAGAUUCUUUUAAUAAGGACAGUGGAAAGGCUAUAGAGGAGUGCAAGCUUAGGGUUACAUAUAUUUCCCCUUCCUCAGCUCAAGCAAACUCAACAGAAGAAUCGUUGAAGGACUCCCAACUAAGUUCUGAUAGUACUCACCUUAACCAGGCUUUGCAGCGACUGAAGGAUGAAAGAGAUACAGCUGCUCGACAAACAAAGCAACUGCAACAGGAACUGGAGAUGCUGAAGAGACGAAGAAUUCGAAAAAGUGAUCGUGGCUUCUCAUUCACCUUUGCUAUCUUUGUGGCACUUAUUGGCAUCAUGGUUGGCUUCCUCUUGAACCUCUCAUUGACCUCACCGUCUACAGAAUGAAUUGAUACCUUUCAGAACUUCAGGAGAUAUUAUUUUCACUUCUUAAUUUCAUUGUAUAAUUCUCACACUCAGUUGGAUGGAAAGUUCACUUAUUUUCUUUUCUUCUGUAUGUUGAUCAUGUUAAAUCUGUUGUGAUCAGCUGUUUUAGAGAACAAGUUUCUAUUCCAUCACUCCCAAUGUGGCAGUGAAUAUUAUUCGUUUAAUCCCAAAUGUUAAUAUUGCCAACUUCAUUUGACA